AUGACGGUACAAAAGACAGUCGACUCUCGUAUUCCCACGCUCAUCCGCAAUGGCCUCCAAACGAAGAAGCGCAGCUUCUUCGUCGUCGUUGGCGACCACGCCAAGGAAGCCAUUGUUCACCUCUAUUACAUCAUGUCCAGCAUGGACGUGAGGCAAAACAAAUCGGUGCUGUGGGCCUACAAGAAGGAGCUGCUCGGAUUCACCAGCCAUCGCAAAAAGCGCGAGGCCAAGAUCAAGAAAGAAAUCAAGCGUGGCAUCCGUGAGCCAAACCAGGCUGAUCCCUUUGAGCUCUUCAUCUCACUCAACGACAUCCGCUACUGCUACUACAAAGAGACCGACAAAAUCCUGGGUAAUACAUACGGCAUGUGUAUCCUCCAAGACUUUGAGGCCAUCACGCCCAACAUCCUUGCGCGCACAAUUGAGACGGUCGAGGGCGGUGGCCUGGUCGUACUACUGCUCAAGGGCAUGACCAGCCUGAAGCAGCUCUACACCAUGACCAUGGAUGUUCACGCCCGCUACCGGACUGAGGCCCAUGACGACGUCAUCGCCCGCUUCAACGAACGGUUCUUGUUGUCGCUCGGCAGCUGCGAGUCGUGUCUCGUCAUUGAUGACGAGCUCAACGUACUUCCAAUUUCUGGAGGCAAGGGCGUCAAGCCGUUGCCGCCGCCAGACGAGGAUGAGGAGCUGAGUCCUGCGGCCAAGGAGCUGAAGAAGAUCAAGGACGAGCUGGAGGAUACACAGCCGAUCGGGUCGCUCAUCAAGCUGGCCCGCACAGUCGACCAGGCGAAGGCGCUGCUCACCUUCGUCGAUGCGAUAGCCGAGAAGACGCUGCGCAAUACCGUCACCCUGACCGCCGCCCGUGGUCGCGGCAAAUCAGCCGCAAUGGGUGUCGCCAUAGCCGCGGCCGUCGCGUAUGGUUACAGCAACAUCUUCAUCACGUCGCCGUCGCCCGAAAACUUAAAGACACUGUUCGAAUUCGUUUUCAAGGGCUUCGAUGCCCUCGACUACAAGGACCACGCCGACUACACCAUCAUUCAGUCCACGAACCCCGAGUUCAACAAGGCGAUCGUGCGUGUCAACAUCCACAGAAACCACAGGCAAACCAUCCAGUACAUCCGGCCGCAGGAUGCUCAUGUGUUGGGUCAGGCUGAGCUGGUUGUUAUUGACGAAGCUGCUGCGAUCCCACUGCCACUGGUCAAGAAGCUGAUGGGGCCGUACCUGGUGUUUAUGGCGUCUACCAUCAGCGGCUACGAGGGCACCGGCCGCUCAUUGUCACUGAAGCUCAUCAAGCAAUUGCGCGAGCAAUCGAGAGCUGGCGCAAACCCGAAUGGUGGCAACGCUGUCGAGGUCGACCGAUCCACGCUCAAGGCGACCAAAGAGACAACCUCGGUGGGCGGUCGCUCGCUCAAGGAGAUCACUCUUUCCGAACCAAUCCGUUACGCACAGGGUGACAACGUUGAGAAGUGGCUCAACACUCUCCUUUGCCUGGACGCGACGUUGCCGCGGUCGAAGAUCAGCACAACCGGCUGCCCGGACCCGUCGCAGUGCGAGCUGCUGCACGUCAACCGCGACACUCUCUUCUCCUUCCACCCAGUUUCUGAGAAGUUCCUGCAACAAAUGGUCGCUCUGUACGUGGCCAGCCACUACAAGAACUCGCCCAACGACCUGCAGCUCAUGAGCGACGCCCCCGCGCACGAGCUCUUCGUCCUUACCGGACCCAUCCAGGAAGGCCGUCUGCCCGAACCCCUAUGUGUUAUUCAAGUGUCUCUAGAAGGCAAAAUUAGCAAGCAGAGUAUCCUCAAGAGCCUGAGCCGCGGUCAACAGCCUGCUGGUGAUCUCAUUCCUUGGCUCGUCAGCCAGCAGUUCCAGGACGAUGAGUUUGCCUCGCUGUCUGGCGCCCGCAUCGUGCGCAUCGCUACCAACCCAGACUACAUGUCCAUGGGCUACGGCUCCAAGGCCCUGCAGCUGCUGGUCGACUACUAUGAGGGCAAGUUUGCCGACUUGUCAGAGGAUGCGGCUGCUGAGGUGCCGCGGUCUAUUCCACGGGUCACAGACGCUGAGCUGAGCAAGGGCAGUCUGUUCGACGACAUCAAGGUGCGCGACAUGCACGAGCUGCCUCCGUUGUUUUCCAAGCUCUCGGAGCGUCGCCCAGAGAAGCUUGAUUACGUCGGUGUCAGCUAUGGCUUAACCCAGCAGCUGCACAAAUUCUGGAAGCGUGCGCAGUUUGUGCCAGUUUACCUGCGCCAAACCGCCAACGACCUUACCGGUGAGCACACCUGCGUAAUGAUCCGGCCACUCCAAGACGGCAAUGACCCCAGCUGGCUUGGCGCCUUUGCAGCUGACUUCCACAAACGCUUCCUCUCGCUGCUAUCCUACAAGUUCCGCGAGUUCCCCUCCAUCCUGGCACUCACCAUCGAGGAGUCUGCCAACGCAGGCGCCAUGCUCGACCCCUCUAACGCCCCUACUGAGCUCACCAAGGCCGAGCUCGACCAGCUUUUUACCCCCUUCGACCACAAGCGUCUCGAGUCUUAUGCCAACGGCUUGCUAGACUAUCACGUUGUGCUCGACCUCAUGCCGACCAUCGCCCAACUGUACUUCACGGGUCGCCUGCGCGAGGCAGUCAAGCUCUCCGGCCUACAACAAGCCAUCCUGUUGGCUCUGGGCCUGCAGCGCAAGGACAUCGACACCCUCGCGACGGAGCUGAACCUGCCUGGGUCGCAGGUCCUGGCCAUCUUCAUGAAGAUCAUGCGCAAAGUGACACAACACUUUGGCGCGCUUGUGUCUGGCGCGAUUGCCGCCGAGCUGCCUGACCCGAACAAGACGGUCGGCGUGAGCAAGGAGAACGCCAUGGGUAUUCAUGAUGAUGAGGUCGUGGGCUUGAAGUUCGAAGCCCUGGAGCAGCGGCUGGAGGAUGAGCUUGAUGAGGGUGGCGAUGAGGCGCUCAGGGAGCUGAGGAAGAAGCAGAGGGAGUUGAUUGAUUCUCUUCCGUUAGAUCAGUACGAAAUUGAUGGCGACGACGAUGCCUGGAAAGAGGCCGAAAAGCGCGUCGCCAGCGCCGCGAAGUCGGGCAAGAAGGUGGACGGCACCCUCGUGAGCGUUCCAUCGGCCAAGGCGGCCAAGCGCAAGGCCGAGGAGAUGGCUGCGCUGCGAGAUGAGCUAGAGAAAAUGGAGAAGGGUAAGGAGAGGGGAUCGAAGAAGGCCAAGAAGGAGAAGAGGAGGUGA